CUGGUAGUGGCCAACAGCGGACAGCAGCCUCUGCUGCUGGCUGGCUGGAUUCCCAAACUCUAGGGAGGUUGAUAAUGAUGAUGCUGGUGCAAACGCGUCGCAAACGAUGACAAGCGGCUUCAUCUCGCGCGUCUUUGGUCGACGGUAACAACAACAACUUUAUCAUUUCAUUUCGAACCAUCGUCGUCGUCGUUGCUGGGGUGCUAAAGUGUCUAGUAGUGAUAUCAUUCGGCUGAUUGUUAAGAUGAGUGACAACAAGUGCAAAUGUGGUCCCGGUUAUGCAACGCCACUGGACGCCGUUCGGAAUGGUCCGGUGGAGAAGCUACUGUAUGUGGUUUGCGUACAACCGAACUUGGACGAGGAGCACGGCGAUUACCUCGCGACGGUUGAUGUGGAUCCCGCAAGUCCAACGUACUGUCAGGUCAUCCAUCGUACGUACACGAACAGCAAGGGGAACGAGCUGCAUCACAGUGGCUGGAAUACCUGUUCGAGUUGUCACGUCCUGAAGGACGCCGACAAGCCGGUUCCGGUCCGCGAUCGUAUGGUGCUACCCUGUCUCAACUCGGAUCGUAUCUUCAUCGUGGACACGGCGAGCGAUCCGCGAGCACCAAAGCUCGUGAAAGUUAUCGAGGGUGAUGUGCUGCAGUCGGUCAACUGUACGGCACCGCACACGACCCACUGUCUACCGAACGGGAACAUUAUGGUUUCGGUGAUGGGCGAUGCCGAGGGUAAUGCGCUCGGUGAGUUCGUUGAGUUUGAUAAGAACUUUGAGCUCGUGGGACGCUGGACGCGGGGUGAGCGGAAGGCCCCGUGCGGGUACGAUUACUGGUAUCAGCCGUACUUUAACGUGAUGGUUGCCUCGGAAUGGGGUGCCCCGAAGCUAUUCCGUCGCGGUUUCCAUCCGACGGAUUGUGAUGAUCCGACGCAGUACGGGAGUCGGUUGAAUUUUUAUCGCUGGCAGGAACGGGAACUCUUCCAAACGCUCGAGCUCGGCGCGGAGGGCACGACACCGCUCGAGAUUCGGUUCCUACACAAUCCGAAGGAGAACCAAGGGUACGUCGGGUGCGCACUGUAUGCUAAUGUUUAUCGGUUCUAUCAGAAGCCUGGGGAGAGUGAGUACAGCGCAGAGAAGGUGAUCGAUGUGCCGGCCAAAACGGUGGCCAAUUAUGCUGAUCCACAGAUCGGGGGCAUGAUGACGGAUAUAUUGAUUUCGCUUGACGAUCGCUUCCUGUACUUUAGCAAUUGGUUGCAUGGUGAUGUGCGUCAGUAUGAUAUCACGGAUCGGGCACAUCCGCGUCUUACCGGGCAAGUGUUCCUCGGGGGAGCUAUUGAGAGUGAUUCGAAGGUGCGCGUUUUGAAGGACGAAGAGUUGUCGGAACAGCCGGCGCCGAGGUUUGUGAAGAAUCGAAGGCUCCAGGGUGGACCUCAGAUGUUGCAGCUUUCGCUCGAUGGCAAGCGGUUGUAUGUUUCGUCCAGUUUGUUCUCACCCUGGGAUAAGCAGUUCUAUCCGGAGAUGGUGCGUGCCGGCGGUACGAUCGUGCAGCUGGAUGUCGAUGUGGUGAACGGGGGCAUGACGGUGAACGAAAACUUUCUGGUGGACUUUGGCGGAGAGCCGUACGGACCGGGACUUCCACAUGAGAUGCGGUACCCGGGGGGAGAUUGUACCUCGGACAUCUGGCUGGUAGAUGAAUAGGUUGCAGUAUGUUGAUCAUAUGUUCUUCAUGUUUAACAACUUAAUGCCCAAUAAGUGAUUGCAUUGUCAGUAAAUUUCCAAGCAUAAAUAUACAAGCACAGAGAAGCAAUUUGUCUCAAGACAUGUUGUAUGCACAUCUUCAUCAUUGUAAUUCUAAAUCGAUUGCAGCUAAACACAUGUUCCAUUGAGCUCUAGGAAGUGAUCCAGGAACAAGACCCCUUACCUCAACCAAUCAAU